AUGGAUGACUUGGUGCUUGUGAGCGACAUGUCUCAAUUUAAGAAUGUGUACACAUUCAUCAACACUUUCGACGACAUGGCACUGCGGCGGCACCUGUCGUGGUUGUUCGUACAGGCGUACGGGUCAGUGGCAAAUCCAAAGGCCGUUGUGCUCGUCAUUCAGGGCAGUGAGAACCAUGCCAAACAAGAGCGCCCGCGCUUCUGUGCUGCUCAAGCAGAGUCAAGCUACAGGCUCCUCGCAGCUGCCAUGGCCUCCGUAGGCCUCUUCUCCGAGGAAGAGCGGCGCCGCAUCAGCGAUCAUCUGACAAGCAUCGUAAAGAAGUUGGUUCGGUAUCGCAUUACAAAUCAGCUGGACAAAGGCAUCAACCCUUGUGACGACUUUGGCGCUCAUGUCUGUGGACGCUGGAUGCCGCGCAAGGAGCGCAGCUUAUCACGUUCAGAGAUGUCUGAUAUGUAUCUGUCAUGGCUCUACGGGCUUCCGGAAAGGCUGAACAAAGGUUUUAGGCAAUUUCGCGUAGUAAAAAAAGUGGCCGUCAUGUAUAACAUGUGCAUGAGGCAGGAGGGGUCACAGAUCGACAUGUUCAAAGAGUUCAUGCGCGCACGAGGUAUCAUCUGGCCGGAAAAACAAGACGAACCAGUUCCUCUUGUGAAGGCACUCUCUGACCUUGCAUUCAACUGGAACGUGAAUCUCUGGUUCAGCGUGAAGCUACUUCCAUCUAUCUCGAAAGAAAAACCAAGGCAUAUAUUCCUUGCCCCGAACGAGCUUAUGCUGCUGUGGAAGGCCACAUUCAGUCAGAUGUCGAAGGAAAACUUUCAGAUAGUCUACUCUGAACUUUUCAAGAUUUUUUCUAACGGCACGAGCAGCCAACCCAACCCGAAAAUCGUGUCAGCGACAUACACCAUGCUUGACAUGGUAUUCAAUGCCUUCGUACCGCUGUGUCCUUGCGAAGCACGGAUUCCAGGAUUGUUCCCCUUGCGUGCCAUAGACUCGAACUCUCGCAUUCCCAUAGGCUCGCACCUGAUGGAAACGUUGAAUAAUGCGACGGGAAUAGAACCUCCGGUCACAAUGGAUGACUUGGUGCUUGUGAGCGACAUGUCUCAAUUUAAGAAUGUGUACACAUUCAUCAACACUUUCGACGACAUGGCACUGCGGCGGCACCUGUCGUGGUUGUUCGUACAGGCGUACGGGUCAGUGGCAAAUCCAAAGGCCGUGGUGCUCGUCAUUCAGGGCAGUGAGAACCAUGCCAAACAAGAGCGCCCGCGCUUCUGUGCUGCUCAAGCAGAGUCAAGCUACAGGCUCCUCGCAGCUGCCAUGGCCUCCGUAGGCCUCUUCUCCGAGGAAGAGCGGCGCCGCAUCAGCGAUCAUCUGACAAGCAUCGUAAAGGAGGCCGUGGAAAAAACGUGGGCCAUCUCAUGGCUCGACAACGAAACCAAGCAAGUUGCCGUGGAAAAGUUUAGGAACGUGCGCACGGUGUUGUGGCCUUCGAACCAGUUCCUCAAGGCGGAGGCACUCCGCAAAGUGUACGCAAACUUCACCGAUAACGCAAAGUCGUUCACCGAGUACUGGAUCGAGACGCGUCGCAGCCAGCGCCUUAUGUUCGGCUCCGAGGCGGCUGAAGAGGAGCUGCUGCUGGGCGACAGCACUCAGCUGCCAUACGCGGAAUUCGAACACGUGCUCAACCGGUUGUCUCUCUCCCUCGGAGCACUGGCAUCUCCUCUCUACUACAAGAACGGCACCAAUGCCAUGUUGCAUGGCGGCCUGCUGUACUUCUACGCUCGAGCACUUAUCGCUGCCAUCGACAGCGAGGGAGUUAAGAUCGACCCGCAAGGCAAGCUUGUGUCGUCCUGGUUGAGCCAAAGCGUCCAGGACACUUUCGUGCAGCGAACGCUGAGCUGCCUACCCGGAAACGCCAGCAUCUUUCCCGAAGUUCCGGCAAUGGAGGUGGCGUAUGCAGCAUUCAAUCGACAUCACCAAGAGCAUAAUAUCCGGCUGUCCGAGGAUCUGACCGAGGAGAAGGUGUUUUUUAUAACCGCCUGCCUCGCCACUUGUGCUACGACGCCUGCCGACAAUCUCUAUGGUGGUGACUGCAACAAGGCUGUGAUGAACUUCGCGCCGUUCGCCAAAGCCUUCAAUUGCCCCGCCGGAUCCAAGAUGAAUCCUGCGUCAAAGUGCACUUUUUACGAUUGA